GUGGGCCAUUUUGUUCUCUCACCCUGCUGACUACACACCAGUUUGCACCACAGAACUUGGUCGUGUUGCWCACCUUGARGGUGAAUUCAAAAAACGUGGAGUAAAGAUGGCUGCGCUAUCAUGUGACGAUGUUGAGUCUCACAAAGGCUGGAUUAAAGACAUCCAAGACUACAGCAAACUUAAAGGAGACUUCCCUUAUCCCAUCAUCGCUGAUCCCAAGCGUGAGCUUGCUGUUCUACUYGGAAUGGUUGAUCCUGAUGAGAAAGAUGCCAAGGGCUUGCCACUGACAUGCCGAGCUGUUUUCAUCAUUGGCCCUGAUAAGAAGCUGAAGCUUUCCAUUCUCUAUCCAGCCACAACAGGACGUAACUUUGAUGAGGUGCUUCGAGUCAUUGAUUCACUCCAACUUACUGCCACAAAGAAGGUUGCAACUCCAGUUGAAUGGAAGAGUGGGGGUUCAUGCAUGGUCCUACCUUCCAUCUCACAAGAAGAAGCCCCAAAGAUCUUCCCAAAAGGAGUUGAAGUCAAGGAAAUGCCUUCUGGCAAGAAGUACAUGAGGUUCACCCCUCAACCUUGAAAGACUAGGCCAUUUUGAAAUUCUGAAUCGCACCUGCACUUGACAAUAUUAUUUAAUAUUAUUUAAUAUUAUUUAAUAUUUUUUGGUUAAAACUGGAUGAUAACUUGCACAAAGUAGGACUUAACAUGGAAAGAAUUGAAUUCAUCCGUAGACAUAUGGAGGUCCAGAAUUCAUUAAAAACGUUUUGCAUGA